GUCUAAAGAUAAAAGAACAAAAAUUUUUCUCAUGGCCUUUACACUUGCAAAAACUGAAAACAUACAUGGGAUUUUUGUAAAAACUGAUCACAUCCUACCUAGAUGACAAAAAACAACAAAGAACUAUCCUACAGAUGAUGUUCCUUGGCCAAAACUUCCUUGAUUUCUUCUCCCUGUGGCAGUGGUUCUCAGCAUGGUCAGCAGCAGCAGCAGCAGUAUCUAGAACUUGUCAGAAAUGUAAAUUGAGGUCCCACACCAGAUCUACUGAGUCAGAAACGGUGGGGGAGAAGCCCCUAAUCUCUGUUGAAAUAUCUUUUUGUUCAUGAAAAACAAGAUUAUCUUCUCAUCCAAAAAGAUGAAACCAACUGGGUUACUUUCAAAAAACCAAGUGAGCACCACAGACUGAUGAAUAGAAUCAAUAAGAACGUGAUUUUGGCCCUUUUAACUUUGACAAGUUCUGCGUUUCUAUUAUUUCAGUUGUACUACUACAAGCACUAUUUAUCAGCAAAGAAUGGAGCUGGUUUAUCAAAAUCCAAAGGAAGCCGAAUUGGAUUUGAUAGCAUACAGUGGCGUGCAGUUAAAAAGUUUAUUAUGCUAACAUCGAGCCAAAAUGUACCCGUGUUCCUUAUUGAUCCUUUGAUUCUGGAAUUGAUUAAUAAAAACUUGGAACAAGUAAAAAAUACUUCUCAUGGCUCCACUUCAGAAUGCAACUUUUUCUGUGUUCCAAGAGACUUUACUGCCUUUGCUCUACAGUAUCACCUGUGGAAGAAUGAGGAAGGCUGGUUUCGGAUAGCUGAAAACAUGGGAUUUCAGUGCCUGAAGAUCGAGAGCAAAGAUCCCCGGCUGGAUGGGAUAGACUCACUUUCUGGAACUGAAAUCCCCCUGCACUACAUCUGUAAACUGGCCACGCACGCCAUUCACGUGGUGGUCUUUCACGAGAGGAGUGGCAACUACCUCUGGCAUGGCCAUCUGCGCCUCAAAAGAAACAUCGACAAGAAGUUUGUUCCUUUUCGGAAGUUACAGUUUGGUCGUUAUCCAGGAGCUUUCGACAGGCCAGAAUUACAACAGAUUACUGUUGAUGGACUAGAAGUUCUCAUUCCAAAAGAUCCAGUGCACUUUCUAGAAGAAAUACCACACUCUAGGUUUAUUGAGUGUAGGUAUAGAGAAGCCCGGGCAUUCUUUCAGCAGUACCUUGAUGAUAGCACUGUGGAAGCUGUGACCUUUCGGAAGAGUGCAAAGGAAUUGUUGCAACUUGCAGCCAAAACAUUAAAGAAAUUGGGAGUACGGUUCUGGCUGAGCAGUGGGACUUGUCUAGGAUGGUAUCGGCAGUGCAGUAUUAUUCCUUAUAGUAAAGAUGUUGACCUAGGAAUUUUUAUACAAGAUUACCAAUCUAAUAUUAUUUCAGCAUUUCAGGAUGCAGGACUUCCACUCAAACACAAAUUCGGGAAGGUAGAAGACAGCUUGGAACUAUCUUUCCAGGGAAAAGAUGAUGUAAAACUUGACAUUUUUUUCUUCUAUGAAGAGACUGACCAUAUGUGGAAUGGAGGCACUCAGGCCAAAACAGGAAAAAAAUUUAAAUACCUGUUUCCCAGGUUUACACUGUGCUGGACUGAGUUUGUAGACAUGAAGGUCCAUGUGCCCUGUGAAACCAUCGAAUACAUUGAAGCCAACUAUGGGAAGACCUGGCAGAUUCCCGUGAAGACGUGGGACUGGAAGCGCUCCCCCCCCAAUGUGCAGCCCAACGGCGUCUGGCCAAUUUCCGAGUGGGAUGAGGUUAUCCAGUUAUACUGAGACAGUGGGUUGAAAUGGUAGAACUCCUCUCCUGAAAAACAGGCGGAUAACUGUUUAAAAAGAUAUAUACCUAUUUGUCAAACAGAAGUGGGAGCCAAAGAAAAACAAGUUUGAAAACUCAAAGUUCUAACUCCUAAGCCAGUGGUUGGCAAACUGCAGCUUGCGAGCCACGUGCAGCUCUUUGGUCCCUUGAGUGUGGCUCUUCCAUAAAAUACCACGUGCGGGCACGCAUGUACAGCGCGAUUGUAACUUCGUGGCCCAUGCGCAGAAGUCGGUAUUUUGUGGAAGAGCCACACUCAAGGGGCCAAAGAGCCGCAGUUUGCCAACCACUGUCCUAAGCCAUUUAAUUCUCUCAUUUAGAGUUUAUUGAGGAGUCUUCACAUGCCAGGUACAGUGCUAGGUUCCCGGGGAGAGUAGAGAUGAGUGAGACAGAUGCCUGCCUUUUCCCGCCUCCCUUUGGUAAGCACCCCAGUUUUCCUUUGAGUGAAACACCCUCACUCUUUGAAGAGCUCUGAGUGCUUUCAAAUGUUAGGUAAUGUUUGGCCUGGAAGAUGGGCUUGCCACAUGAGGUUAAGGACGGAGCUAAAAAGAGUGACCCAUUCCUGCUCUCAACAUUUAAGCUUAUAUGUGAGUGCUGUUUUUAAGGUUGUGGUUUCUGAGUUAAUAUUCAAGUGAUCAGAUUUCAGGUGGCAUCAAGACAAGAUGCCAGCAGAUUCAUUUGAUAAGCAUCCUGCUGUCGAAUUGAUUUAAAGCACAGGGCAGCAUCCAAUGAGAGGAGAGCGCAUUUCUAGCCUUGUCAAAGAUGCCUGCAUUUCCAUACACUUUCCAUUUUCAAAUUUGAAGUGAAGAGAAAGCUUAUGUGUGUGUAAUGCUUGCAUUUCUAGCCAUCGUGAGAAUAUUCACUGACUUCUCUUCCCAUAGCACUUGUUGACAAAGCGUGCAAGUGGGACCAUGCUAGCGGACACGAUGUUGAAAGGGUUGUCUUUUCACAAAACUUACUUUCCUUCCUUCAUUCUAAACCAUCUGUUAGGUAAAAAUAUGAGCUAAUCAUGGACAUUUAGUAUUUUCUGAUGUACAGUCCUUGUACUCCCAAUUUUAACACUAAAAUAUUCAUAGAAAUACCUCUGGUGUUUUAAAUGUUCUCUUCAGUGUAUUUGUUCAUUAAUUAUAGCUCCAUAGUUUUCACGUAUGGCCUAUAAAUGGAUUAAAUGGUGUGUAAGCCUACCUCUCUCUCUUCCAAAACUACACCAGGUCUCCAAAAUGAGGAUAAGUGGAAAACCUGGUAACUGCUCCCCACUCCAGAUCAUAGUGUUCACAAAGUUUAUAUCAGGUUUAGUGGUUCUGUCUGUUGAAUAUCAGUGGGGUAAGAACUCAGACUUCCCUACCUGAUCAAAUACCUCUCACUCUGAAAUCCUCGUUUUCCUGCGUGGGCUGGGAUGGCUCUGCCUUCCCCAUCUCUUCCUGAGUCACUUUAAUUAUAUAUUCUAAGUGAGAAGUAAAGGGAUGUGUAGGCACAAUAAACACCUUUACCUAUCUUCCUUUUGGUCCAGGAAGGGAAGCUAAAUGUUAGGGAAGCUAAAGGGAGCGACGCCUUUCCUCAGACUGCAGGCCAGGCUGUAAACCUGAAAUGUGACCCAAACAAGUCAACAUUCAAGUGAAAACCACCUUGCUCUUGAAUCUUCAAAGCAGAGGGGGCCUCAUGCCUCAUUCAUUCGAACCCCGUUAUUUUAUAGCUAAAUUGUAAAUCCAGAAAUGAGUGAUUUGAGCAAGAAACAACUGAGGCUCAAACCCGAGUGCCAUGACUUCGGCCCGUGCCUGUGUCAUUGCUCACAGCACAGUGUGUCUAACCUGGCUCGAGAUGCUUGACAGAGAACUCAUCCCCAGCUGGAUUCAAUUCAGGGUAUUUUCUCCCAUUCCCCAUUUACUAUCUUCCUGAUUAGAUAGAGCGCCCAAGGUGACAAAGAGGUCAAGAAGGACUGUUUCUUGUUCAAAAUUCUUAGGUUGACUUGAUACCUUUAUUGAAAAAUGUCUUAGCUUCAAAAGGUGAAAUGAAAUUGUUCAUUGGGCACAUCAGCCUCAGGUCAUGAUGCUUUUCACAUCCAGGAGUACCUACUCUCUGGAGCUCAAGAGGUGUCCGGUUGCCACCCUCUACUUCCCAGGAAGCAUCAGCACCAGUCUGCUAAGUGCCAGUAUCUGAAGCCUCUCCCCGUCCUCUUUAUUGCUAUUCUCUUAUGGAUGCAACUAGUUGAAACCAGACUGUGCUCAUUCCUUUUAUGCUUUGUGACCCCAAACCACUGUUUCUAGUCUUACAGGGCUACAAAUGGCAGCACAGCGAGGUGUGGACAGCAGGUGUUACAGAAAAGCAGAGGCUUAUAGAUUGGGGACCAGAAUAGUAUUUGGGAAACACACUUGGAAUGAAUUCCCACACUGGCCUGAAACCACCCAAUAUCACAAGCUUAAGGCUGCAAAUGUUCCUUUCCUCCCCCUAUUUUCACCUUCUGGGAAAUGAACAGGUCUUUUAUCCUCAAUGUUAUAAACCCCAGGGGAAAUUUCCUCUCAAAACCUACUCAGAGAAAGUGCCACAUUCCCACCUUCUAACACAUAAUCUCCUUUGAAACGGCUUUAAAGCAUAGAAAAACUCUAGUUUCUGACCCACCAAAUGCCUUUCUCUGAAGAAAUUUCCCGCAGCUAUUUCUUUUUCCUUUUCCUCUAUCAUUAAGGCCUGGGCUAAGUCACCUCUGACAUCUCACCAAGGGAAGGCAGUAUGUUGGCAUAAAAAGACAACAGGUUUUCAUUUAGGCCUGAGUUUGGAUCCCUGCUUCAUCACAUGAGAUUUAGGGUAGAGGACCUCUCAGCUUUAAUUUUCACAUGAGUGAAUUAGGGGAAUGAUAUGUAUUUCUAAGGGUUUUUAGUAAGGAAUAAAUGAAAUAUAAAAUGCUUAGCUUCAGGCCUAGGAUUAAGUAAGUUCUCAAGAAAUUUUUCAUUUUCUACUUCCAAGUCCUUUUCUAAUUAUUUCGAAAGGAGUAAAAGAAACUGGGUCAGGACACAAUUCUUACUCAGAAGGUUGCAUGACUCAAUUUGCUUUAGGAAAAGUUUUUCAUCAAGGAAUUAAAGAACAAAUUGUAUGUAUGGUUUGUGAAUUCAGAGACUUUACCAAGUUGCCUCCUUUUCUAAAACAAACUUGUAUUUUUAUUUUAUUGGUCAAGCUGUUUUCUCCUAGGGUCUCUUAUACUAUCUCAUAUGCUACCUAGUUCUUUAGUUUCAAGCAAUUCACUCUCUGUACCUCCCUAGAUUUGGUGCCUGCUCUACCCUGGACUUUUUUGUGUGUGGUUGUUGUUGUUUUCUCAGUAUUUCACCUUUUCCUAGAGGUAACCCCUCACCUCCUUGUUAGUAAAUCUCUGCCCAGCCAAAAUCAGAUAGAAGUCAUGAUUUGGAGAGGGAAAGAAUUUAGAAUACUUAGUUUCAUUUAGUUGUCUAUCCUGAUGAAUAAAUGAUUACAUCAGUAUUAAUAAAAGAUCAUUGAAAGUACUCAUGUCCACCUUCUUUCCCCAAGUUUGUGCUUCUGUCUCAACUAGACAAGAAUCAACAGGGUAUGUGAUGCUAUUUUAAGCUGCUCCCCAUCAGAGAGCAAUUCUCACUACAGUGCAUAAGUCAAACAGACCAGUUCAGUGGUGAUAGCUUUUGUAUAGGAACCAUUGCUAAAGUAGGCAAGCAUAAAUUUUCCUAAUCAGAAACCUCUGCUUCUAUAUUCUCAGAACUUGUAGCCUAGAAUGCCCCUCUUGCCAUCUCCCACUCCAACUCAGUGCAGAGAUUAUGUGAGAACACAUUAGCCAGCCAAGCAGCUAUAUACUGUGAGCAGCUCCCACAAGGAGGUUAAAAGGGAGCAUUAGGAGAAGUACUGUAUUUUAUUCUAUAAAACAGUUAUGCUGUCUCAUGUACCAUAUUAAAAAAAAUUACAAGAUUUUGUAGCCUUCUUAUGACUCAGAGUGUGGGGAAUAUUUCUUGUGCCCAUUAAAUAAAAGUCAUAUGUAGCUCUUUGUCCCUUCUUCAUAAUCAGAAAAAUAUGUAUGUGAAUUUUCUAAACAAAGUGAUGUUUUAAACAUGAGUAAAUUUUAGUGUAUGCUUACCAGUUUACUUCAGGUACAAAUAAUUUGUGGUACUACUGAAAAUACCUUUACUAUUACUCCUUUGAUCAGAAUUUAUAAUAUACAAUCCAGUUUGUGAUGAUGAAUAAAAUUUUUCUAAUCUCUUGAAA